AUGGCGCCGCCGCCAGAUCGGCCGCUGCCCUAUGCAGUGGCGGAGGAGUUGGACAACCUGGCAGCUGUUGUCCGUCUGGCCAGUACUUCUUCGGCAUCUGAUGCGGCUAGUUUGGCUUUCAACCGCUGUUUAGAGUAUAAAAAGCAGUACAAGCAAUAUCCGGGCUUCCUCUGGCGCUUUGCACGUGCCACUCAUCUCAUGUUGAUGACAUCAACUGUAGUGGGGCAAACUGCGGGUUUACGUAGUGGCGGUACUGAUGAUGCUAAUUCGGCUGACAACCAUUGGAUUGAUGCAGGCUUGUCGAUAGCUCGUAGUGCCGUGCGUCAGGUGGAAGCAUCGAAGCCGGUGACCGAC